AUGGCUGAACCUGGCUGUGAGACCUCUUCCGAGGAGAGCCUGGGCACCGAGGAGCCAAUGGCAGCGGACCCGAAGAGUCCAAAGCAGGAGCAGCCAAGGCGCCGCAGGCGCCGCCGUGGCCGCUGCCCCGACAGCUUUGCCACCUACUUCCCCAGGGUUCUGAAGCAAGUUCACGAGGGCCUGAGCCUCUCGCAGCAGGCCGUGAGCGUCAUGGAUUCGUUCGUCAAGGACAUGUUCGAGCGCAUCGUCGACGAGGCGUCUCGCCUGGCCCGCUCCACCCAGCGCUCCACCAUCACCUCCGGGGAGAUCCAGACAGCCGUGCGCCUGCUGCUGCCCGGGGAGAUUGGCAAGCACGCCGUGUCCGAGGCCACCAAGGCUCAGACAAAAUGCACAACGAAGUGGAAUAAGGCCGUGAGCGUCUUGGAUUCGUUCGUCAAGGACAUCUUCGAGCGCAUCGCCGACGAGGCCUCUCGCCUGGCCCGCUCCACCCAGCGCUCCACCAUCACCUCCAGGGAGAUCCAGACAGCCGUGCACCUGCUGCUGCCCGGGGAGAUUGGCAAGCACGCCGCGUCCGAGGCCACCAAAGCCAUCCUCAGGUACACCUUCUGCCAGUGAGCUGCCUCCGGACCGCC